AUGUUACACCCCGGGCUCUUCACGUUGGAUAUUACGGUACUGCUUCAGGCGGCACUAGUCUGGGAGGAGGCGCGCGGCGCUCCGGCGAAGAAGGGCGAUAUUCUUGCCGGUACGGAAUUCCUCUCGGUCUUCAUAAACGGCGCUAUGGCGACGCCGCCGCCACGACGCCGGGGCUUCCGACCGCGUGGCGGUCACCAAGCUGUGGCAGCGAGCGAUAGCGCGACCGCCGAGUCGCAUCAGCACGAGGCAUCGUCGAUCUACCGAAUAUCUCGGACGAACCCGGCGAGCGGCGGCCGGCCGAUCUCGGUGUCGCGGCCGCAGACGAGCGGCCGCGAGGAGGUCGUCCGUUUCUAUCCCAUAAAUCAAAAAACGCUGGAGAACCGGCAGCAGAAUCUGGCGUCGUUGAUCGACGAUCUGAGCACGCCGGGCGGCAUAAGCUCGACGCGACUGACGCCCUCGAGCGCGGCUACGACGACGAUGACGAGCGCGCCGACGUUGGCCCACCAGGAUCGAACGAUCUCGAGGUCGAACGGGACCAACGGAUCCGCCGCCGUCGGCAGAGGUGUCAGCCGGCAGAAGGUGAUUGGCGUCAGCGUCACGUCCACGGUUGAGGCCACGCCGUACAAAGUGCGCGUCGAGCAUUACGACAGCGCGGACGCCGCAGUGGUUACGCGACCACCGAGUUUAGAAUCUGCGGCGAAUAGAGAAAUUACUAGAGAGCCCAUCAGGGAGUCAACUAGAAGCACGGCGAGGGGUACCAGCAGACCGCCGACGCCGCCGUCGUCCACGACUACGACGACGACGACCACGACGACUACGAUGACGACGGCGACGCCGCCGCCGCCGGGUCGAUUCGUCACCGAGGAACUCAGCAACAUCGUCUCGGAGUCGAACAGAAGCGAGUUCUCCGUGGACGAGGACUUGCCGAGAACGAGUUGGCGCAGCCGCGUGACCAUGACCCCGCGAGUUCACGUCCCCGCGAAGAGUCACCAGGACGAGGAGGCCAACGAGGCCGCGCGGAUCAUCGACGUCGACGCGAUCACCCUGCCGACGGAGGAGAAUUACGAGCUGCCCGUGGAGAACUCGGAACGGCGGGAGUUGAACGAGGAAGUGCCGGAGAUAUCGACGGAUCGGCUUCAAGGGCGCAAGAUGGGCCGUCACUACGACACGUCGCUCUACAACCGGUCGGGCCCGAAGGCUUACGGCCAGUCGUCGAAGGCGUACAAAUCGCCGCGGACCUACAACGAGCCGGCCAAGGUGUACGGCGAGCCGGCCAAGGUGUACGGCGAGCCCGAGCGUGUGUACGGAGAGCCGGCUAAGGUGUACAGCGAGCCAGCUAAGGUCUACAGCGAGCCAGCCAAGGUCUACAGCGAGCCCGCGAAGGUCUACGGCGAGCCGGCCAAAGUCUACGGCGAGCCGGAGAAGAUCUACUCCGAGCCGUCCAAGAUCUACUCGGAGCCGGCCAAGAUCUACUCGGAACCGGCCAAGAUUUACUCGCAGCCGGCCAAGGUGUACGGCGAGCCCAGCAAGGUGUACGACUCCGAGGGUCAGCCGGUGGACCGUCAGCAGGAGAACGGCGAGCCCGACGAGCAGAACUACGAGAUCGACGAGUCGGUCAGCGUCGGCAGCAACGGCAACGUCCACGGGCCGCAAUUGGUCGUCACCGAGGAGACCCCGGGUGCGUCCGGCGAGGACGGUCACAAGGUCGGCUACGUGGUGGAGGGCAGGAAUUACCGGAAGUACCGGGUCGAGGAGAGAACGCCGGACGGCUUCAUCGUAGGCGAGUACGGCGUCGUGAGCCACGACGACGGCUCGCUGCGCGGCGUCAGAUACACCGCCGACGGCACCAUCAAUCCCCAGCUCAUCUACGACGCCCUGAUGAAGUUCCUCGCGUUGUGA